UCUUUCACUGAGAGGAAGAGUUAUAGAGACCGACGCCCUGGGACCUGCUCCGUUUGUUUAACAAGGAAGGGAACGUACAAGGGAUAACUUCUCAUCUGUUAGUAGUGACGGUCGGCCAGUGUGGACAAUGGCGAAUGUGAACACAGAGCUGGCGUGUUUAGGCCGUCCAUUCCAGUUGGGGAUGUUGUAUGACUGUCGCUCAGACUCUCUGAUCCCAGCUGUCACACUGUGGGACUUGGAAACAUUGAAAAACCACCUGGAUGUGCGACCUCAACCGAAUACUGAGUUUAAUAUCAUUGCCUCAGAUGGCAUUGAGGACAAAGCUGAGGCCCUGAAUGUGACAGCGACAUUGAAGGGGAGCUUUCUGGGUGGAUUGGUCAAGGUGGAAGGUUCUGCAAAGUUCUUGAAUGACAGAAAGAAAUCUGAGCAUCAGGCCCGAGUGACCCUCCAGUAUUCUACCACAACAAAAUUUGAGCAAUUGACAAUGACCCACUUGGGGCGCCAGAAUGUGUCUUACCCCUACGUGUUUGAUCAGGGCACAGCAACGCACGUGGUCACAGCAGUACUGUACGGCGCUCAGGCAUUCUUUGUGUUUGAUCGAGAAGUCUCUUCCUCAGAAAGUCUACAAGAUAUUCAGGGUUCAAUGAAAGUGUGCAUUAACAUCAUACCGAAGGUUGCAAUCGAGGGUAAAGCCUCAUUGAAAAUGAAGGAGGAAGAGAAAGAAAAUACCCAGAAGUUCAGCUGCACCUUUUAUGGCGAUUUCGCACUUCCAAACAAUCCCACUACAUUCGAAGAUGCUAUGAGAGUUUACUCAACUCUGCCACAGCUGUUGGGAGAGGAUAGAAAGCAAGCGGUGCCUGUCAAAGUCUGGCUCUAUCCACUCAAUCAACUUGACUCAAAAGCAGCUCAGCUUGUAAGGGACAUCAGUAUAAAUCUGGUCAACCGGGCCCAGGCUGUGCUGGAACAAGUCAAUGAGGUGGCGACAAAAUGCUGUGAUAUGAUGAAAGACCAAGUCAGUGAUCAAUGUCCAGUGAUAAAAGAAAAGAUCCAGAGGUUCAGAGCAAUGUGUGUGGAGUACAAACAGGAUUUCCAGAAGGCCUUGGCCAGAGUGUUGCCAUCUAUUCGGGGAGGUGGGGAGGAGGAAGGGAAACUGGUGGAUAUUCUGAAGAACAUGGAACAAUCCCCAUUCAGAAGCCAAUCACUUGCACAAUGGCUGGACAACAAGAGCAGGGAAAUGUCUGUGGUCAGAAGUUACCUCAGCCAAAUGAAUGCCAUAAAAAUGGUAAAAUCACGCAGUGAACUGGAUAUGGAGAUACUGGACAUGAACAUAGAGUAUGUGAUCUGCUUCGUGUUCACAUCGCUGCACCAGGAAGAUUUGUAUUUGUUAGAAAUGGCCAAGCAUCUUCGAUGUGAAACGACUGAGAAAACCCAGCUUCCAACAUCAGAUCAGAAGCAAUGGAUCCACUCAGUGACCGUAUCCCGUGAGAUGAGAGAGCGAGCACGAUUAUUCCUGAGAUUUCACAAAGCCAACAAAGCGGACAAAAAUACAAAAUUCAUUGUUGCUUCUGAGCCGGACGAGGAGCAUGUGGGAGCUUCCAUUUACCUGUAUAAAGGAGGAGAUUUGGUGAACCGCUGCUUCAAGCCUCCAGCUCCCUCUGUUUGUGGAAAGACCCAUGACAGUGUGAAGCUACGGCUACAGGCACUGGAAACUGGCAGUUGCGAGUCCAUCCAGUUCCGGGUAGAAUAUCGCAGCUCCCAGGGGGAAGAAUGGACAACUUCAAACACAGAAGUGGAAUCAGACUUCUGCACCAUAACUGGUUUAUCUCCAUACCAGGAGUAUGAUUUCCAAUACAGAGCAGCGUGCAGUCCACCUAGUGAUACUGUGAGUGUGACUACACUGCCCACAAGUGCCCCAGAGAAGGUUUCAAUGUGCCAGGUAGAGGGCUUUGAUGUGGCAGUCUCCUGGGACAGGCCUGCCCAGAUUGGACAUGGCGUCACUAUAGAUCACUACAAGUUAGAGUAUAGAGAAACCAUCAGCGGCAUCUCCAGUCCUGGGACUAACACAUGGGAAAAGAUCAGGACAAAAGACAAUGAAGUUCUUUACACAUUGAAGGGGCUGAAACCAAGUACAACCUAUACACUGAGGGUGUCUGCUGUGUGUGGACAGGUGGAGAGUGCACACAGUCACCUCGCCUCAAUAACAAUAGACAAAGAACCAAAGUCACGGGCCCGAAAGCCUCUCACAGGAAGCACAUUAUUAACCAGUAGCCACGCUAUUUACAAGCUCCCAUUACAUACACAGAGACUUGGCAAGAAUGGAGAGCUUAUAAAAUACAGCUUUGGAACCCACUCACCCACACAAAGUGAGAAGACCAUCUUCCUUCUCGGAGAAAGAGAAUUUGGAAAAAGCAGUCUCAUCAAGGACAUGGUGAACUAUAUCCUUGGUGUGGAGCAGGAGGACUUGUUUCGUUACAAACUGACUGAGGAAGAAACAAACCGCUCCCAGGCUGAAACAUCUUCCAUCAUCGUCUAUGAAGUCAACCACCAAGAGGGAUUCAGGGUUCCUUUCUCUCUGACUAUUGUCGACAUCCCCAGAUUUGCAGACGCAUCACAAAAUAAACACAUCCCUGAAUACAUCAGAUGUUACAAACUCUAUCAUCAGAUCAAAGAUCUUUUUUCUUCUCAAGAAGGUGUGAAACAAAUUGAUGCCUUGUGCCUUGUUGUCCAAGCCUAUUUAGUGCAAUUAACUUCUGGUCAGGAAUGCCAAUUUAGUUCAUUUCUUUCUAUGUUUAGUAAAGAUGUGACUGAGAACAUCCGUGUGCUGGUCACCUUCACGGACAGACAGGUUCCUCCUGUUCUGAGGCCAUCACCCAAUCUGACAUACCGUGUCCCAAAGAUGGCAAGAUGCCUCUUCACUUCAGAUUCAACACCUCAGCUGUGUUCACCCACAACGCAGCCUCUGGAGAGCCCAUCGAUUGUAGUGACAGUGAUUUGGAGGAUGAUAACUUUCACAGUAUGAAACAACUCUUUGCAGCUCUGAGGAAGAUGGAAACAAAAACUUUGAA